CCGCUGGACAGCCGUGGCGGGAACUCUGUGAGUGCGUGCGGUCGCAGGGUCGCUUGGUCUGUGCUUUGUGUACCCCGCGGGCAGCCCCGGGCCGGCCCUCGCCCCUGCUCUCGCCCGCCAGCCCGGAAGGAAGUCGGUGUGGGGAGAAGGGUUCCGGCCAGGUCCCCGCCCUCGCUCGCUCCUCGCCAGCUGGAGUGUCUGCCGGUGUUGUGGCCUCGCUCCGCGCCGGACCCUCCUCACCCCGAGUCCGCGGCCUGAUCCCGACUGCGAACACUCGCCCUUCCUCGGCCGCACUUUAACACCUAGAUGGGCCCUGGGCUUCAUCCAAGUCCUUGGUGUUGAGUUAAGAAACGUUUGCAAGCAUGUCCCGGAUCGAAAAGAUGAGCAUUCUGGGCGUGCGGAGUUUUGGAAUAGAGGACAAAGAUAAGCAAAUUAUCACUUUCUUCAGUCCCCUCACAAUUUUGGUUGGACCCAAUGGGGCGGGGAAGACGACCAUCAUUGAAUGCCUAAAAUAUGUUUGUACUGGAGAUUUCCCUCCUGGAACCAAAGGAAAUACAUUUGUUCAUGAUCCAAAGGUUGCUCAAGAAACAGAUGUUAGAGCCCAGAUUCGUCUACAGUUUCGUGAUGUCAAUGGAGAACUCUUAGCUGUGCAGCGAUCUAUGGUGUGUACUCAGAAAAGUAAAAAGACAGAAUUUAAAACCCUGGAAGGAGUCAUUACUAGAACAAAGCAUGGUGAAAAAGUCAGUCUCAGCUCUAAGUGUGCAGAAAUUGACCGAGAGAUGAUAAGUUCUCUCGGGGUUUCCAAGUCUGUGCUAAAUAAUGUCAUCUUCUGUCACCAAGAAGAUUCUAAUUGGCCUUUAAGUGAAGGAAAGGCUCUGAAGCAAAAGUUUGAUGAGAUUUUUUCAGCAACAAGGUAUAUUAAAGCCUUGGAAACACUUCGGCAGGUACGUCAAACACAAGGUCAAAAAGUAAAAGAAUGUCAAACAGAACUGAAAUAUCUGAAGCAGAAUAAGGAAAAAGCAUGUGAAAUUCGAGAUCAGAUUACUAAUAAGGAAGCCCAGUUAACAUCUUCAAAGGAAAUUGUCAAAUCCUAUGAGAAUGAACUUGAUCCAUUGAAGAAUCGUCUAAAAGAAAUUGAACAAAAUCUCUCUAAAAUAAUGAGACUUGACAAUGAAAUAAAAGCCUUGGAGAGCAGAAAGAAGCAAAUGGAGAAAGACAAUAGUGAACUGGAACAGAAAAUGGAAAAGGUUUUUCAAGGGACUGAUGAGCAGCUAAAUGAUUUGUAUCAUAAUCACCAGAGAACAGUAAGAGAGAAAGAGAGGAGGCUGGUAGACUGUCAGCGUGAACUGGAAAAAUUAAAUAAAGAAUCUAGGCUGCUCAAUCAAGAAAAAUCAGAACUACUUGUUGAACAGGGUCGUCUACAGCUACAAGCAGAUCGCUAUCAAGAACAUAUCCGAGCUAGAGAUUCAUUAAUUCGGUCCUUGGCAACACAGCUGGAAUUGGAUGGCUUUGAGCGUGGACCAUUCAGUGAAAGACAGAUUAAAAAUUUUCACAAACUUGUGAGGGAAAGACAAGAAAGGGAAGUAGAAACUGCCAACCAACUGAUGAAUGACUUUGCAGAAAAAGAGACUCUGAAACAAAAACAGAUAGAUGAAAUAAGGGAUAAGAAAAUUGGACUGGGAAGAAUGAUUGAGCUGAAAUCAGAAAUCCUAAGUAAGAAGCAGAAUGAGCUGAAAAAUGUGAAAUAUGAAUUACAGCAGUUGGAAGGAUCUUCAGACAGGAUUCUUGAACUGGACCAGGAACUCACAAAAGCUGAACGUGAGCUAAGCAAGGCUGAGAAAAACAGCAGUGUAGAAACCCUAAAAACAGAAGUAAUAAGCCUUCAAAAUGAGAAAGCAGACCUAGAUAGGACCCUGCGUAAAUUGGACCAGGAGAUGGAGCAGUUAAACCAUCAUACCACAACACGCACCCAAAUGGAGAUGCUGACCAAAGACAAAGCUGACAAAGAUGAACAAAUCAGAAAAAUAAAAUCUAGGCACAGUGAUGAAUUAACUUCAUUGUUGGGGUAUUUUCCCAAUAAAAAACAGCUUGAAGACUGGCUUCAUAGUAAAUCAAAAGAAAUUAAUCAGACCAGGGACAGACUUGCGAAAUUAAACAAAGAACUAGCUUCAGCUGAGCAAAAUAAAAAUCAUAUAAAUAAUGAGCUAAAAAGAAAGGAAGAGCAGUUAUCCAGUUACGAAGACAAGCUGUUUGAUGUUUGUGGUAGCCAGGAUUUUGAAAGUGAUUUAGACAGGCUUAAAGAGGAAAUUGAAAAAUCCUCAAAACAGCGAGCCAUGUUGGCUGGAGCCACGGCAGUUUACUCCCAAUUCAUUACUCAGCUAACUGAUGAAAACCAGUCGUGUUGCCCUGUCUGUCAGAGAGUUUUUCAGACAGAGACUGAAUUACAAGAAGUCAUCAGUGAUUUGCAAUCUAAGUUGCGGCUUGCUCCAGAUAAACUUAAAUCAACAGAAUCAGAGCUAAAGAAAAAAGAAAAGCGGCGUGAUGACAUGUUGGGACUUGUGCCCAUGAGGCAAAGCAUAGUUGAUUUGAAGGAGAAGGAAAUACCGGAACUGAGAAACAAACUGCAGAAUGUCAAUAGAGACAUACAGCGUCUGAAGAAUGACAUAGAGGAACAGGAAACACUCUUGGGUACCAUAAUGCCUGAAGAGGAAAGUGCUAAAGUAUGUCUGACAGAUAUUACAAUUAUGGAGAGGUUGCAGAUGGAACUUAAAGAUGUUGAAAGAAAGAUUGCACAACAAGCAGCUAAGCUACAAGGAAUAGACUUAGAUCGAACUGUUCAACAAGUAAACCAGGAAAAACAAGAAAAACAACAUAAAUUAGAUACAGUUUCUGGUAAGAUUGAAUUGAAUCGUAAGCUUAUACAGGACCAGCAGGAACAGAUUCAACACCUAAAAAGUACAACAAAUGAACUGAAAUCAGAGAAGCUUCAGAUAUCCACCAAUUUGCAGCGUCGUCAGCAGCUGGAGGAACAGACUGUGGAAUUAUCCACUGAAGUUCAGUCCUUAUAUAGAGAGAUAAAGGAUGCUAAAGAGCAAGUACGCCCUUUGGAAACAACAUUGGAAAAGUUUCAGCAGGAUAAAGAAGAAUUAAUCAACAAAAAAAAUACAAGCAACAGAAUUGCGCAGGAUAAACUGAAUGAUAUCAAAGAGAAGGUUAAAAAUAUUCAUGGCUAUGUGAAGGACAUUGAGAAUUAUAUUCAAGAUGGGAAAGACAACUAUAAGAAGCAAAAAGAAACUGAACUUAAUAAAGUAAUGACUCAACUAACUGAAUGCGAGAAACAAAAAGAAAACAUAAAUAAAGACAUGGGAGUCAUGAGACAAGAUAUAGAUACACAGAAGAUACAAGAAAGAUGGCUGCAAGAUAACCUUACUUUAAGAAAAAGAAAUGAGGAACUAAAAGAAGUUGAAGAAGAAAGAAAACAACAUUUGAAGGAAAUGGGACAAAUGCAGGUUUUGCAAAUGAAAAAUGAGCAUCAGAAGUUAGAAGAAAAAAUAGAAAAUACAAAAAGAAAUCACAGUUUGGCAUUAGGGCGACAGAAGGGUUAUGAAGAAGAAAUUAUUCAUUUUAAGAAAGAACUUCGAGAACCUCAGUUUCGGGAUGCUGAGGAAAAGUACAGAGAAAUGAUGAUUGUUAUGAGAACCACAGAGCUUGUGAACAAGGAUUUGGACAUUUAUUAUAAGACCCUUGACCAAGCAAUAAUGAAAUUUCACAGUAUGAAAAUGGAAGAAAUCAAUAAAAUUAUUCGUGAACUUUGGCGAAAUACUUAUCGUGGACAAGAUAUUGAAUACAUAGAAAUUCGGUCUGAUGCUGAUGAAAAUGUAUCCGCUUCUGAUAAAAGGCGGAAUUACAACUACCGAGUGGUGAUGCUAAAGGGAGACACAGCCUUGGAUAUGCGAGGACGAUGCAGUGCUGGACAAAAGGUCUUAGCCUCACUCAUCAUUCGCCUGGCCCUGGCUGAAACAUUCUGCUUGAACUGUGGCAUCCUUGCCUUGGAUGAACCAACCACAAAUCUUGACCGAGAAAACAUCGAAUCUCUUGCGCACGCUCUGGUUGAGAUAAUAAAAAGCCGCUCACAGCAGCGAAAUUUCCAGCUUCUCGUAAUCACCCAUGAUGAAGAUUUUGUGGAGCUUUUAGGGCGUUCUGAAUAUAUGGAGAAAUUCUACAGGAUUAAGAAGAACAUGGAUCAGUGCUCAGAGAUUGUGAAAUGCAGUGUUAGCUCCUUGGGAUCUUAUGUUCAUUAAAAAUAUUCAAAAUUUAAAUGCCAUAGAAACACAGAUCCUCAGGCAACUGCUUAUUUCUGGUAUCAACUGAGUCAAAAUUAAAAUGUAUUCUUAAAAGGGA